UUUCUAGGUGCAGACUAUGCUGGUUUAGUUUUGAAUCAUUUAAAUGAGGUGGUUAAGACAUCCUUGAAACUGACUACUGCUGCAUCUAGAUACUGUCGAUCUCCAUCUGUUUGUUCAUAUGGUGGCAAAGAGAAGUCUGAGAAUGACAAUGAGGCUUCUCCUUGGAAAUCUCUUGAGAAAGCUAUGGGAAGUUUAAAGAAGGAACAGUCACUAGAGGAUGAAUUGCGGAAUCAAAUCCAGAAACAAGAAUACUAUGACGAUGGAGGCGGUGGUAGAACUCCUCCAGGCGGCAGUGGUGAUGGUUCUGGUGGUUCUGAUGAUGAUGGUCUUUCUGGGAUCUGGGAUGAGCUACUACAAGUGGUAUUGGCAACCACUGGUUUUAUAUUUCUGGUAGUAUCUUUCUCUAUCUCUCCCCCCCCCCCAAAAAAAAAAAAAAAAAUGGACAUAUAUGAACAUAGGUGUUUUGUGUGCCAGAAAUAUUACUGGGGUUUGGUCAAUUCAUUUUACUCACCCUGGUGACCCAUCUGUGGACAUAGAGUGACAUAUUCACGGAUACUGAUGGGGAUGACGAUGUCCCAUAUUAUUGCAAGUUUUUUUUUUGAUCAAAACAUAACUAUGUUUAUUUUAACCUGGAUCUAAAAUAUAACAAUCAUCAACCAAAAUAGCCUUUAACUCAACUGGUAGGCAGCCAACCCAAUCCAAAGGGAUUGAAUUUGACAUCACCUUUGCUGCAACCCAGUGAGCUGCCCUAUUACAGGCUCUAGGCUUAAAGCAGAAAUGCAACUGCCACUUUCUUUUUAAAACUCUAAUAUCUUCUAUCAAGGUGUCAAUCUCCCAGGGUGAAUCACCUUCAUUUGAGCUCAGGAAGAUUACAUUCUUGUUAUAUCACUUUCAACGACAGCAUAGCAUAGCUUCCAUUUUUCAAUCAACAUACAUGCUUCUCUCACAGCAUAGGCUUCUGAAAACAAGCUUGAUACUGCUGGAAUUUUCUUAGCCACACCUUCAAUCAUAUCACCCUUCAUACCCCUCAUAUCAAUACCCACUGCUGCCACCAUAUUAUCCUUAUGAAAUGCCCCAUUGCAAUUCAACUUAAACUGGACAUGAUUCACUGUUCCUGGGCUAACUGGUUACGAUGUCUUGCACACUGGGGUUGCAUCUGUUCUUGUUUGUCAUUGAAAAGUCUCAUUUACUCCCCCCAUGCUCUCUGGGCUCGAAUAACUGUGCCUAAGGAAUUUUGAGAGGCAUGCUGGAAGAUAGCUUCAUUUCUCCCUUUCCAUAUAUUCCAGCCCACCAUGGCUACUCUACUAAUCAGGUCAAUAGAGGAAGCAAAAUUAUCCAUGCUCUCCAUGUGAGUUGAAGUCCAACUCUUUACUGAAUUCAAAACUCCCCUGUCCACUCUAUAGUUCAGGUCCAUUGCAAAUCAAAUUCUCUGAGUCCACUCACACUUGAAAAGCAUAUGCUCUAUAACAUAGUUACUAGAAUUCACUAAACCUGUGACGACCCACGCUCUAGGUAUUCCGAUCCCAAACGAGGUGAGUUUGCAAUCUAGAUCACCAAAAUGUACGACCCCAAAUUAUAAUACUAACUCUAAAUCAAUUCGCAUUCAAAUAUAAAACGCAAAUCUAAAAUACAU